UGACGAGCAAUCUAUUGAAGGACGCUCAGAGCAUCGUGCAGGCUGUCAUCAUCCCCGUACACCUGCCUACGGCCGUACUUCUGCCCCGUCCGCACAACGCCUUUGCGCAUUUGCCGGGCUCAUGCCCGAAGACUGACUGCGGCCGUCUUGCGUUGUGUUCGACGUGUGAUCCAGUUGCCAUAGAUGUCAAAUCACGGCCAGUCAGUGUACUGCAUAAGCGCACUACUGAUGAUGUGGCUAUCGCUCGCACGCGCUACGUCACCUUCACCCUUGAUUCUUAUUCAAACGUACCCCCGCCCAUCGCAGACUUCCAUUCUGCAUUCCACACUGUCGGCCCUGUCCAACGUGCGUAGCCUGGUUGUAUGCGCAGUUGGCCGCGCAAGAGAGGUCAUUCAAGCGCGUGCACGACGGACAGACGGCGUCGGCGUCUGACAGGUAUUGGGCGGCCGAAUGAAUUAUGCUACACAUCCUACUAAAGACGCAAGACACA